CAUUGCAGAAAUCAUAUGGUUUUCAUGACAGUUCUUUUUGGUAGGUACUGUUAUUAUCCUCAGUUUACAGAUGAGGAAACUGAGACCCAGAAAGGUUAAAUAACUCGCUAGGGUCACAGAAGUCAUCACUGACAAAGCCUGUUUCAAACCCAGGUCUCCCUGACCUUUAAGGUUUCUAUGACGCCAGCUCUCCUAGGGAGUUUGCCUGCAGAUGUCUUGGCUCUAGGUGUCAAAAAAAGACUUGGUGUCAGGCAGGCAUAGGUUCAAGUCCCAGCUCUGUCACUUACCAACUGUGACUAGGUGAUUGAACUGGCCAUGGAACCUGGUCACAGGUAGGAGCAGGAUGGUGAAGGGUUCUUGAAGGCACUUAGGCAGGACAUUUAGGCAGGAGAGAAAACCCAGAAACAGAAGAGCUGUCUCCAAAAAUACCCAGUGGGGAAGCAGGUUGUCAUGUGGGCCAUGAAUGGGGUCUGUUCUGGUAACCAAGCAUUGCUUAUGUGUCCAUUACAUUUCAUAACCCUUCCAUCCUACUUUACAGCGAACAACCAAGACUGAGGUUAAAUCACACAGCCUGCAUGUGGAAGAGAAGAACUUGAACCCAGGUCCAACUUUUGCGCCACAGCAGGCUGCCUCUUGGUCCUGACAGGAAGUCACAACUUGGGUCUGAGUCCUGAUCCCUGGCUAAUUUUUGGCUGUGUUACCUUGGACAAGUCAAUUAUUCCUCCUCCUCUGUUUCCUCCUAUGUAAAAUGGAAAUAAUAAUGCCGACCCUGGGUCUGAGAGAGUGGAUUUGAAAGUACUUAGUGCAUCACAAAGCACAGAACACACUUCCAGUCUCGUGAUUAUGUACUUAUGUAACUGGUCAUCACCCAUCUUGAGAAUGAAAGCAUUGGGGAAAGGGCCAUCCACUAGGCUGCGAAGUUUCUGAGGGACCCCUUUGGGCUGGAGAAGGAUGACCACAGGAGGGAGGAGAGAUUGCCUUAUCCUGCAGUGAUCAUGUCAUUGAGAAUAGAGCCAGAUUCUUUUUUUCCUGGCAGGGCCAACUUAUCUUAACAUCUAAGGACUGAGCUAUUUGUGUCUGUGCCCUUUGUCCAAGCAGUGUUUCCCAAAGUGUAGCCCGAGAACCAUCUCCCUCAGAGCCACCAGGAAGUGCUUUAAAUUGCAGGUUCCUAGGCCCCAGCCUGCACCUCCAGAGUCAGAAUCAUGGAGGUUGGGGCCCAGGCACCUGCAUUUCUAACAAAUGCCUCGGGUGAUUCUGAUGCAAUUGAAAGUUUGAGAUCCACUGUUCUAAGACAAUAACAGAAUGGUUUUUCUAACCCCUGCAGCCCUGACUUCCUAUCCUAGGGAAGGGGCCGACUGGAGAGGCCAGGACAGAGAAAGCAGAUCCCUUCUUUUUCUGAGGACUCUGUGUCUUCCAUAGGCAAUAUGUCAGAAGGGGCCAAGGAUGAGCUGAACGAGAGAGAGGAGACCCGGGAGGAGGCAGUGCGAGAGCUGCAGGAGAUGGUGCAGGCGCAGGCGGCCUCGGGGGAGGAGCUGGCCGUGGCCGUGGCGGAGAGGGUGCAAGAGAAGGACAGCGGCUUCUUCCUGCGCUUCAUCCGCGCACGGAAGUUCAACGUGGGCCGUGCCUAUGAGCUGCUCAGAGGCUAUGUGAAUUUCCGGCUGCAGUACCCUGAGCUCUUUGACAGCCUGUCCCCAGAGGCUGUCCGCUGCACCAUUGAAGCUGGCUACCCUGGUGUCCUCUCUAGUCGGGACAAGUAUGGCCGAGUGGUCAUGCUCUUCAACAUUGAGAACUGGCAAAGUCAAGAAAUCACCUUCGAUGAGAUCUUGCAGGCAUAUUGCUUCAUCCUGGAGAAGCUGCUGGAGAAUGAGGAAACUCAAAUUAAUGGCUUCUGCAUCAUUGAGAACUUCAAGGGCUUUACCAUGCAGCAGGCUGCUAGUCUCCGGACUUCAGAUCUCAGGAAGAUGGUGGACAUGCUCCAGGAUUCCUUCCCAGCCCGGUUCAAAGCCAUCCACUUCAUCCACCAGCCAUGGUACUUCACCACGACCUACAAUGUGGUCAAGCCCUUCUUGAAGAGCAAGCUGCUUGAGAGGGUCUUUGUCCAUGGGGAUGACCUCUCUGGUUUCUACCAGGAGAUUGAUGAGAACAUCCUGCCCUCUGACUUCGGGGGCACGCUGCCCAAGUAUGAUGGCAAGGCUGUUGCUGAGCAGCUCUUUGGCCCCCGGGCCCAAGCUGAGAACACAGCCUUCUGAAAACAUCUCCUGCCAGCUGAACUGUAGUUAGAAUCCCUGGGCCUCUCCUCAACUGUCCUGGAUCCAAGGCUAGGAAAGGGCUGCUUGAGAUGACUGUGGUCCCCCCUUAGACUCCCUAAGCCCGAGUGAGCUCAGGUGUCACCCUGUUCUCAAGUUGGGGGAUGGGGAAUAAAGGAGGGGGAAUUCCCUUGAACAAGAAGAACUGGGGAUAGUUAUAUUUCCACCUGCCCUUGAAGCUUUAAGACAGUGAUUUUUGUGUGAGGUUGUAUUUCAAAGACUCGAAUUCAUUUUCUCAAUCAUUUCCUUUGUAACAGAGUUUUACGACUUAGAGUCUGUGAAAACAGGCAAGGAGCCUGGAUUAAAAUAUCCCCCUACUCUCCCCAGAAAUGC